GUCGCAUUUUAGACAUCCCUUGCAAAGUGUGCGGGGACCGCAGCUCCGGGAAGCACUACGGGGUUUACGCCUGCGAUGGCUGCUCGGGAUUUUUCAAGCGGAGCAUCAGGAGGAACAGGACCUAUGUUUGCAAAUCGGGAACCCAGGUACCGGCCGCAGCGCAGCCCCCGCACCGCCCGCACCGCUCACGCCGCAUCUUCCCCAGGACCCCUUCUUGUGCUCCCCGUCGUCAACAGAAACAAGCCGUGCAGCACGAGCGGGGCCCCCGGACGUCGACGAUACGGAAGCAGGUGGCCCUCUACUUCCGUGGGCACAAGGAGGAGAGUGGUGGUGCCCCCCAUUUCCCUGCUGCUGCCCUGCCAGCACCUGCCUUCUUCACUGCUGUCUCCCAGCUGGAGCCCCACAGCCUGGAGCUGGCUGCUGUCACCAGCACCCCCGAGAGGCAAGCUCUGGUGGGCCUGGCGCAGCCCACCCCAAAGUACCCACACGAAGUCAAUGGUACCCCCAUGUAUCUCUACGAAGUGGCCACCGAGUCCGUCUGCGAGUCGGCAGCCAGACUUCUGUUCAUGAGCAUCAAGUGGGCCAAGAGUGUCCCAGCCUUCUCCACCUUGUCCUUACAAGACCAGCUGAUGCUUUUGGAAGAUGCUUGGAGAGAACUGUUUGUUCUAGGAAUAGCACAAUGGGCCAUUCCAGUUGAUGCUAACACUCUACUGGCUGUAUCUGGCAUGAACGGUGACAAUACAGAUUCUCAGAAGCUGAAUAAAAUCAUUUCAGAAAUACAGGCUUUGCAGGAGGUUGUGGCCAGAUUUAGACAACUCCGGUUAGAUGCUACUGAAUUUGCCUGUCUCAAAUGCAUUGUCACUUUUAAAGCUGUGCCUACACACAGCGGUUCCGAACUGAGGAGCUUCCGAAAUGCCGCGGCCAUCGCAGCCCUCCAGGAUGAAGCCCAGCUCACCCUGAACAGCUACAUCCAUACCAGGUAUCCCACACAACCCUGUCGUUUUGGGAAACUUUUAUUGCUUUUACCAGCUUUACGUUCCAUUAGCCCAUCAACAAUAGAAGAAGUGUUUUUCAAAAAGACCAUUGGGAAUGUACCCAUCACAAGACUGCUUUCAGAUAUGUACAAAUCCAGUGACAUCUAAAUGACCUUCAAAUAAACAAGGAUGGACAGUUUGAGAACAACUUUUUUUCUUUUUUCUUUUUUUUUUUUUUAUCACUGGAGAAUAAGCCUCAACUAACAAAAUCUACAGGAAGCAUAAGCCUGGGAAUGUUUAGCCUUUAAACCCAUUGACAAAAAAAAAUACCCCAGUAGAUAUGAUUCUGCUGCUCUGAACAGAGUGAUUUAGAUCAUGGAGAGAAUGCUUUGUUCCACAGAAAAAGUGAAAGUGGUUGGGAUUUGGCUGCUGUUCCUGUGACUACAGGAUGGAGGCAAUUCAGAUGCCAGUCACUGUUAACAAAGACUCUGCUAUUCUCUCAUUUAACUGGCAGAUCUGAGACAAAAUGUGAAAGAAGGUACUUUAGCUUGUUCAGUAUUUGGAACCGGGCGACCACACUUGGCUUCUGUUGUAACAUGAGAUGCCGUGGCCUUCAGAACUGUUUUAAAAGUAGCCUAUGUUGGGAAAGUGUUUUUAAUAUGGUAGGCAACAUUUAAGACCAGGUUACCAAAACACUGCUUCUGCUACAAUACAUCAUGAAGUGGCCUUCAGAACUGAUUUUCAAAGUAGCUUAUGACGGCAGCUCUGUUCUUCCUGCAAAACCAACUGGUGACCUUUGAUGCGGAUGCCACCACAAGUUGCUGGGUUAACAUCUCAAAGGCAGAAGAGCUUUAUACACUUCUCUGCCCUACCUUCCCUCCUUCUUCCACACAUGCAGACACACCUUCACACCCACCCAGCUGAGAAGAUAGGAGUCAAGAAAGGAAGACUAAAAAACAGCAAAACCAAAUAGGAUGGAGAUGACCGCUUCAGUGACCUGCUGGGGGUCCUGGUGGCUCAGUGCUCAAACCAAAG